AAUCCACAACUCUUUCAUCCACAACAUUUUCAAGACUUCAGAUCUUUCGGAUAAAAUUUUAGGUAUUUUCCAAGUUUUUUUAUUUUUUCAGGUAUUUUUGAGUUUAGGGUAUUUUCGGUUCUUCAGAUCUAAAUUGGGUACUUCAGGUCCUAAAUACUCCAACCCAGUCCGCUACAGACCCAAAAAUGACGAGUAGUUUACUUAUCUGUUAAUAAUAGGUUUAAACCGACAGGAACCCGAUAAGAACCGAUCUGAAACCAAACAUAAGAUUUUAAGUACUUAGUUGGGUCUUAAUAUCUAAGAUUCGUAUGACCCAUACCCAAAAAAGAACCGAUUCAAAUCCAACAUAGAGAACUGCAUGAACACCCAAACCUAUUUCUUAAUAAUUUUUUUUAUCCAUGUUCUAUUUUUUUUUGUCACUACUAUCCAUAUUCUCUAUAUUCUCAUUUCUCCUACUUACGUUCUCCAUAUCUACGCCUCAUCCGUCCGCAUUUUCCUCCAUCCAAAGAAAACUCAGAUGGAUGGUCUGACUUCAUUCACCUUGUUUUUCUUGUUCAGCGUUGACGAUUGAUCAAAUGAAUGCAGUCUAGUCAACUAGGAUCUGUCUCUAAUUUAAUCUUGUACACAAUUCUCAUAAAAAAAAAUUCUACUCAACAAAGCCCAUCCACAUUUUUAUGCUCAUAAAACAUUUUUCUUAAAUUUAAAUUAAUUAUUUUUUAUAAAAUAUCAAAGUAUAUAUAUCUGUGGAUAUUAAAAUAAAGAGAAAAAUGUUAAGUUUUUAUUUCAAAUAUUUACAUAUUAGAUAACAAAAUAAUAAAGAAUAAAAUAUGAUGGAGUAAACAAAUAAUUUUAAAAGUAAACAGUACAUCUUUUUUUUUGAACAACUAAAGCAAAUAAAUAGUACAUCUAAUGCAAGUUUUUGGAUCUAUUUACCCUACAAAUAAAAGCUUAGCUUUCCUAAUUACACUUACUAGUCAAAAACAUCUUAACUAAUUCUUAACUUAACAAAAAUAAACUGAAACAUCCAUAUGUACCUAAUAUAUACUAGAAGUUUCAGGUUUUCGGAUACCUCACUCGGAUCUUGAGUUCGGGUCGGGUCGGAUCCAAAACCCCAGGUCCUUCACAACAAAACCCAAUAGGGUAAAAGGAUCGGAUCGGUUUUAGAUCGGGUCAGGCUUUUUUUGGUCUGUUUCGGAUCCUGGUAAAAUGCCCAGACCUAAAGCUAACACAGCUGCUAGAAGAAGGGGCAUUUGGGUCAACAAACGAAAUUGCAUUCUGUGAAUGUGACCCUCGUUCACACUGUGAUUCUACAUGAAAAGAAUGAUAGAAAGGUGAAUAAGUCACUCUACAAAUAUAUAUACCCAUACCGUGUCUUUUUUCCGUUCAUUUUACUUUCCACAAAACCUUUCUAAAUUUCUGAUAGAUUACACAACUAGUGAAAAGGAAGAAGCCGAAGACAAAAAUGACGUCAAGGCUCCCCUUCUUCAUCUUUGUCUUCCUCUACACAAUAACAACUCUAACAUCAAAAGCCUCAGGAGCAACAUCUUGCCGAACAUCCUGCGGCAGCAUCCAAAUAAACUACCCGUUCGGCAUCGACAAAGGUUGUGGAUCUCCACAGUUCCAAGGAAUGCUCAACUGCACCUCCACCGAUCUGGAUUUCUUCACUCCUUCCGGAGCAUACAGGGUACGGUCAAUCGAUUACGACGAGAACACGAUGGUUGUCUUCGAUCCGUUCAUGUCCACUUGCUCCAUCCUCCAGCCUCACCACGAUUUCAAACUCUCGGAUAUCCAGAACGCUAUUAUAAGACCCUCGUACGACACCGUUUUCGCUCUCUUCAACUGCUCCAGUGACUCUCCGGUGCAGAAUCGGUACAAGAGUCUCUGCUUCGAAGCCGCCGGCCACUCCUGCGACGAGCUUUAUAGCGCAUGUACUUCCUUUGGCAUCUUCAACACUACUUCUGGUAACAGUACGGUGCGUGCGACGCCGUAUUGUUGUUUCACGAGCUACGAUACGGUUCGUGUGAUGAGUAUGAGCAUCUUGGACUGUUCACACUACACGACGGUGAUUGACGAUGGAACAAUGAGAGGCGUGGCGCCUGUGGAUUGGUCGUAUGGAAUCGAGCUUUCGUACUCGGUGCCGGAGAUUGGUUGCGACCUUUGCCGGAAGUCAGGCGGCACGUGUGGUUUCGACGCCGAGACGGAGAUCUUUCUUUGCCAGUGUUCCAACAACACUUCUCCAAGAGAUUGUGGUGGUGUGAGUGAUAAAGGAGGCUGCAACUCUAGAAGCACUAAUUAUGCUAUGCUUUUGUUGGGGAUGCUCGUGUCUUUUAUUUGCGCAAUCUCAUGAUCUAUUCCAGUGUCUGUUUCUGAUCAACAUUCGUAUGUCAUUUCACUUUUAAACAAGUAAAACGAGAUGAAAAGAUAGUAAAUUAAUCUCCCUGUUGAAUA